AUGACACAACAGCAACAGCAACAACAGGCUACACCUAGUAGCCAGCCCUGCGCCGCCUACGACUAUUACGAAGACUACGACGACGAGGGAUACGACUACGACGGCGACUACAUGGAUUACGAUGACUUUCAAGCUGGAGGCAGAGGCGGAGGCGGAUCGACCGGGGCAAGCCAAAAGUCCAAAAAGCGACAGAACCAACGAGGAGAUGGUGGUUCCGGGACUAUCUAUUCGUCCAAGCACAUCCGCGCCAAGGAGAACCUAGCGUCCAAGCGAAAGUAA